UUGAUUGAAACAGAAGGGGCAAUUGGGCACAUCUGGCAUCGAGAUUUAAAAGAAGCAAUUGUCGAAAACUUGGCCAGCGAAGAGAAAGAGGAGGUCUCCUUGGACAUACAUGUCGCUGAGGCUCUUUUGCCUCAGCCGUUGAAACCUAAGUUUACGUCGUGGGUGAUCCAAGGACGGCUACACCAUGGCGAAAGACCAGGCGAUCCGUUUGUGCUCUGUAUCUUUUGCGGCGUGGGAAUUCCCCCCUUGCAUCAGUUCCUCGGCCCUGUGUGCCACGAUGCACAAGAGUUGGUAGGUGUACCGUUGGUGCUAGAAGGUGGUAGAAGGCUACUGAUAAAAUCGCGGGCUGUCCUGGCAGAUGCUGCCGCACGCUCUUAUAUUAAAGGAACAGUACCACAAUGCUCAGAAUACGGAUGCAUAAAGUGCGAAAUUCAAGCAGUUGGAAGAUGGCCUUCAACGUCCUUCAACGGAUUUGGCCCACGACGGACCCAUAGAAAAUUCAUAGAUGGAGACUAUGACAACAUGCAUCGGUACCCGGGCCCUAUGACCCCGUUGUCCAACAUACCAGAUCUCGAUCUAAUUCGGGAUGUUUCCAUCGCCGACGAUCGCCAUAUUUUGCAUGUCGGUGCUGCACAAAAAUUUUAUACCGCGUUCAUCGAUGGAACUCAGAAUGGACGUGUGCGAAAAAUGCAACUACAAUAUCGCGAUUUAUUGGACACCGUCUUACUUAACGUGCGAUUCCCGCACGACAGGCGCGCGGCCGGACGGUCCUUUCACCCACACCCUGUAAAAUGGACACCAGCCGUUCGGGCCUAUUUGAUGGACGUGGUUGGGAUGGUCGUGUACAGCCAUGUAGAUCAACCGGAGCUUUAUGAACUGUACUGUCUUCUGCAUUGGGCGGUUUUCAUCUGUAACAAUGCUCGUUUCAAAGCACAUCGCUAUGCUGCACGGAACUUAAUGCACCAGUACGUAGACAAGCACGGCCGGCUGUUUGGGAACAUCUCGUGCAAAUACCACCAUCUGCUCCACUUCAUUGAUGAGGUGGAACGGUUCGGGUCGUUGCCGCUGCUGUCGACAACCCCGUUUGCACUUGGUGUCCUCAAACACGUUGUCGACCUUACAAAGGAUGGGUCAGCGGUGAAACAGGCGGCAACGACCAUACUGCUGCGGGAACGAGCGGGGCGCACUCAUUCACAUCCAAGUUAUCCGCGCCGAACCGAGAACGGAGUGAAAAUUCGCAGAAAUUUUUUUUUUGAUAACUCUGCUGAUGAUACAGAUGGCUGGUUCAUGACGGAUGGCGGAGUGGUCGUGAAAUUUAUAGAAGUAGUAUCCGAAGAACCUUUCCUUGUUCGUGGUGCACCCCUGGCACAACAAGAAAGGCAUUGUGGACUGGACGACAGUUUUUUACAUCCUAUUGGGUUGGGCUUGUGGACGACAAACAACAAAAUUCAUCGGAAGUGCUCAAAAGAGUAGCGGGUAGAGGAUAUUGUAUGUAAACUAUGCAUCAUCAACAUGCCAACAUACGCAGCAUUUGUACCUCUACCCGAAUCCUUUGAUUAGUAGGUUAAUAGGUGAUGAGAUGUGUUAACCAUGGUAAGUGUCUGUAUCUGUCCAAGCAAAUUAAAGCGAAGCGAAGUUAAAUGCAACCUUUGUACUAGCUAAAAGUGAAAAAAAAAAUUAUUUACAAAUAAUUUAAUAUAAAGUAAGAAUUCUUACAGCCGCGGAUGAAGUUCUAUCCACAAUGCUUUUCUUUCUACCCCUUUUUGGGCCUUUGUUAAAUCAUUGUUCGCAUAAUUCGCAAUUGUUUACUAAAACUUAACACAAAACACGACAAAUUUGACAAGACAAAUUUUCGCUUCGUUCGUUCGCAAAUUCAAUUCAAAAAACGUUACGAGUUAUUCGCGUUACGCGUUACGCA